AUGCCGCUGUCACAGGAGGCCGCGGCCGCCGCGGCGCGUGCGCCGCCGACGAUCGACGUCGAGGCGGCCAACGCGGCGGAGGCGGCGGAGGAGCGGCGCCAGCAGGCCCUGGUGGAGGCCGGGCUGGCGGAGGCGCGCGCCAAGUACAGGCAGCAGCUGGCCGCAGAGGAGGCCGCGCGGCAGCAGCAGCAGCAGCAGCAGGAGCAGCUGCCGCCGCCGCCGUCGCCGCCGCAGCAGCAGCAGCAGCAGCAGCAGGAAGCGCAGGGGCAGCAGGAGGAGCAGCAGCAGGUGCAGCAGGAGCAGCAACAGCAUGUGCAGCAGCAGGAGCAGGCCGCAGGGCAGGCGCUCGGCCCGAGCGUCGCGGCGGCACCCGCGCCCGCACCCGUGGAGGCUGCAGGGGCGGCCCAAGAGCGUGUGCAGCAGGAGCAACCGCAGGCUGACAGCGCGAAGGUCCAUGGCCCCGCCGCGGCCGAGGCAGAGCCGGCGCUGAGCGGGUUGGCAGACGCGCAGGCAGCGCUGCGCAGCUACAAGGAGCAGCAGCAGGCGUCGGCCGGCAGGAGCUGA